AUGGCCAGCUUAGAAGGCAAAGUGAUCGCACUCACCGGCGCUGCCUCUGGCAUAGGGCUCGAGACCGCGACGCUCCUCGCACAGCGCGGCGCCAUCCUUUCCAUCGCCGACAUCAACGGCGCCCAGCUCUCAGCCGCCGCGAAGUCCCUGCAAGACAGCGGGGCUCGCGUCAUUUCCACCGUUGUCGACGUCAGCAAGGCCCCCGACGUUCAGGCUUUUAUCUCAAAGACUGUCACGGAAUUCGGGAGGCUAGACGGCGCCGCCAACCUCGCAGGCGUGAUCGGGCGGCAUGGUUCCACAAUACCUCUCCGCUCCGAGACCGACGACGAAUGGGACCUUAUCAUGAACGUCAACGCGAAGGGCGUGUUCAACUGCAUGCGCGAGGAGCUAAAGGUGAUGAAGGCCGGGGCCUCGGUCGUCAACGCCGCGAGUGUGCUUGCCCUGGUCGGCAAGUCCAACGCGAGCAUUUACUGUGCCAGUAAGCAUGCCGUUGCGGGGAUGAUCCGCGCUGCCGCGAGGGAGGAAGGCAAGAAUAAGAUCCGCGUCAACGGCGUCGCGCCGGGGUUUAUCGACACCCCAAUGGUAUCCGCAGUCGAACAGGCGCAGCACGUCACCCAGGUCGAUUUCGCGCCGCAGGCUUUCGAGAGGAAAGGAAAGCCCGUGGAGAUCGCGGCCAUCAUUGCUUUUUUGCUGAGUGAUGAGAGUACGUUUGUCACGGGAAGUGUUUGGACGGCGGAUGGGGGGUGGCAGUGCUAG